AGAAAUCACAGCCACAGCCAGUUGCGAGAUACUGAAAUCGAAGUGACAAUAAUUAUUAAAAAGCUAAGUUAAUUUAACAGGCUAACACUAACAGCAACCCUAGCCCUAGGAGGAGACAUCUAGAGGAAAAUUUAGUCAAGCUCAAGCACAAAGGAGCAUGGAGUCCAUCGACCAGGACAUGUCAUGGCAGUGAGGCCUUGGUGUAGCCCAUUAGUAUGGAGUGGUCCCGAUCAGGAUUAGAGUCCCGACCAUGUUUGGAACUGUUGUCAUGGAAGGUGGACGUGGAGUGGUGUGGGUUCUGGUUCCCGGAGUCACCACCCUCCAGCCCAAGCUCGGGAACGGAUGUUGAUUGGGAAACCGUGGUUGCUGGUCUAGGGCUUGUUGGAAAGCUUCCAAUUUGCUCCCAUUCUGCAACGUCUUCCUACAAAUCGGUGAAGGUAACAGGUGUAUUUCUUCUUCUGGGAAUCGGCAGCUACUUAUGUUAUAAGCUGUACAAAGUUUGGUUGUACCAACAUUUUCAAAGGAUUGGGCUAGCUCGAAGAGAUGACAUUAACCCAUCUUCUCCCUCUUCUUUUGCUGAGGGCACCCCUGCAUUCAGCUACCACCAUUCGUCUAAAACACCAUCUACUGUUAAUGACUUCUUAAACGUCCAGACCCGUUACUUUGGACCUGUAAAUGGGAAUGAUGAUAACUAUUCUGAAAGUGAAAUGUCCAACUGUCAUGAUUUCACUGCUGCAGCAGUAGGCGAGCAGUCAAGUUGGCGACAAUGGCCUAGAGAAAGAAGAAGGAAGUCAAAACUGAGCUCUCCUCCAUCGGUGAACUCUCGCAAAGGAUGGUUGCUGCAAAGGCUUCAAUCUUUGACACCGGCUAACUUACAGGUGGGCAACAACAAUGAAGACAAAUGCAAUAACAGGUAUUCACCUCGAGACGGGAACAGCACAGGCACCUCGUCCACAAACUCAAGCCCAAUGUCACAUACCCGUCAUUCUGUUUCACGAGACCUAUCUUUUGAUUCUCUGGGACUCUUCUAUCGCACACGGCGUGAAGGUUCCAUCGACAGUAUGUCAUCAGAGCUGAGCUUCGACAUGCCAUCCUUCACUGAACAAUCUGCAGAGAAUCCUACUGUCACCCGAUUAGACAAGUUGCAAGAAGAGAUUGAUCAACUCAAGUCCAACUGUCAGCUGAUGGAUGAGGAGUUUGAGACAGUCAAGUGCAACCGCAAUCUGCCAGGACUGUCUGAUCUGAUGGAGGCUGCCGAACCACAAGAAGGACAGAUGACUAUUGAAGACAUUGUCAGGAGGCAGAGUGCUAAAGCUUGUUUUAAAGGUCUGUACAGUUUGACCACAAUCAACCGCAGCAUAUCCAUGGACCUGUCAUUGGAUGAGGACUCCCCUCAGUCGAGUACCCAGAUUGGAUUGGCACAACUAGACGAAGAGAGACUGCCUAGUUUGGAGUGGGAUGAGGAAUAUUGUCCUGAUGAAGAGAACAAUUGGAAAGUUGCAACCCCUGUCAGUCCAAACCAGUCUUUCAAGCUAGACUCGAGCGGAUAUGGAACCACUUCCCUCACUGGCUCACAGUUCAGUUGUUUUGAAUACCCUCCCUCUCCCAUGGAUAAUGUCAGCAACAAUUUGAUGAGGUCAGAGUCGUGUGAAAGCGGAGCUGAAAUGUGGAGUAUGACCAGUAGUGUCAGUGAACCCGACAGUCCAAUGGUAGACAACGCAGACACACACUUCAAACCUCUCAACAUCGGCAAUCGUCUGGACAUCAUGUCUUACGCACAACAAGAAUGGACUGGCAACACCCCCAAGUCUCACACCAUCCUCAGAGGUUACAAAGAAAUAGCUGACUCACUUAACUACCAACAUUUGCGCCAGAUCCGAGGAGACAAUUACUGUGCAUUGCGCAGUGCUGUGUUCCAGACUCUAGCACAAGGUCUAGCAGUGCCAAAUGGCGCCGGCGCCAUGGCUCGUAUCAGCCAGGCAAACAACACCGGGGCUCAAUGGUAUCAACAAUGGAAGUUUAACGGCCUUCCGUAUUCUGGCAACAACAUUCUUCGCGGCAUGGAAAUUUGUUUGCAAUCUCUGGAUAAUAUUUCAGCUUUACUACGCAGCAGUAACCGCAGCACACAGGAGAGAGAGGACACCCUGAGUCACCUGCUCAACACAGACCCCAACUUGGACCUGCACAUCAUGGAGGCAGUGAAGCUACAUAUGAUGCUUGCUGCCCUCGACCUAUAUCAGGCUUCAACAAAUGGUGAAGAAGUUCCUCUUUUCUCCAUACUCAUGUACGCUAGAGACACGUCUGAAGUUCCGCUGGAUUUUAUGAACAACCAUCUCAUUAAAGUUGGGGACUCUGGAGGCUUAGAACAGGAUGUUCAUUCAGUGGAGAUGUUUCUUCUCGGCUAUACACUAGGGGUGACUCUCAAGGUGGUGCGCCCCUCGGCCCACGGGACACAGCAGUUUGUCUGCUACUACCCAGACGACCAUGUCUCCACCUGGCCCCAAGUCACCCUAGUGGCAGAAGACGACCGCCACUACAACAUCUUAUGCUUAUAACCACAGUAAAUAACUGCCUCUAGUUCUUAAUAGUACGCUGAAAUCGUAUAUUGUUGUAAUUCCAAAUCCAUUAAGAUAAUCCCUCGGUGGAUUGUUAACCUCUACUUAAAUUAACUGUCACCAAUAUCUCAAAAUGCUAUGAUUAGUUUAUUUUUGUAAACACAAACAGGUUUUCUGUAUCUUCUAAACCUAAACCAGGCUGUAGUAUUAUAACUUUGGUUGAAUCUUAUCUGGUUUGAAAGCGAGUAUUACGUUUACGUUUAGUAUGAAAUAGAUUUCUAUUGCAAGCGUUAAAUAUGUUUUAAACAUUAGUUUGGCCUUUAGCUAUUGUUUAUGUGAUUUGAAAGUUUUUUUUUAUAUUCUUAUGAUCAUCAGGUAGGUAAUAAUUUAUAGCUUUGUUCCUAUCUAUUCCAAAGUAUUUACAUAAUGUACAACCAAUGCACGCAUAAUGUACUGUACAUAAUGUCCUACAACUUCCCUAAAAAAGUUGUACACCAAAACAGGUAGUCGUUGUUUUUACUAUUUCUUCAUUAUUUUUUAUGAUAACUGUAUGUUAAUUCUAAACAUGACAUUUAAAAUAUGUACCUAAUUCCAUUGCUUUGCUCAGUAACCUGUGAGUCGGUGUGAAAAGAUUGGUUAGGAUGAAGUAUAUUUUUGCGAAGUGUUUGAGACACAGUAGUGAGUUUCUAAGAAACUGGAACCAAGGUUUGAAAUAUUGAUAGUAAUAUUUUUGAUAUGGUCAAAGAGGUGCUUUUAUUUUUCUCUGCAAUGCUUUUCAGGCAACAAAUUUUGGAUACUAUAAAUAUAUUUUUGAAUCACAGUACAGUAUAUCAUAAGGAAAAAAAAUAGCUUGUAUGUAAGAAUUAGAAUUUGGUCGUUGCUAUAUCUGAUACAAAUUACACCAAAUAAUUACUUGUUUGAUAUUAUGGUAUUUAAAGUGAUAUUUUUUUUAUGCAAAUGAUUUUGUGUGGAUUAGAUUAUUAUAUAGCACUAAUUUAUAUUGUAUUUUGAUCUGUGCAGAAAGGAUUGAUUCUUUUGUAGAAUUUUUUUAUAAUCAUAGAAGUAUUGAACUGUAAAAUAACAAUUUAGUAUGUUAAUUAUUUAUUUAAUGUGUUUUUUUAUGAGUCAUUGUUUGGAAUAAUAGGACAUUAGACUAGCCAUGUAUACGUGUAUUCAAGCUAGAACAUAGUUUAAGUGUUAAAUAAACAUCUAGUCAUUGCCUGUGUAAAAUUUAAUCUUAGGUGUGGUAAAAAAUUGUGUAUAAAUGGAAAAUAGUUUACCAGUUGCCGUAUUGUCUGAAUUCACAAUUAUUUUGUUUAAAUAAACAUUUUCUCUCUACAAAUCUCAAUAUAAACAUCAGGUACUUACGUUUUUUAUGGUAAUCUCUAUCAAAGCUUUUACUGAUAUGUUAAGAUGUAUAAUGAACAAUGUAUUAUAUGAAUAUGUAUUAUAUACUGUAAUUAUUUCUAGUCCUAAAUUAAGUUAUCAUUGUUAUAGUCAAUGUAGCUAAAUCAAUCCUGGCAAACUAAGCCAGACAUGACGUAACUUUAGCAAUAAUAGUACCUCGUUUUUUAUAUUUUUACUAUAUUAUUUUUUUGAAUUUUUAUGGCCUUUUAUUUAUGAAUGUUAUCAGUGAUUUCAACUAUAUAACUCAACAUAGUUUAAGAGUUGGGUUUGAAAGUUUAUAACUUUGUUGAUGGAUUUAUCAUAAAUAUACAUUUUGAUUUUACUAAUAUAAAAAUGGCCUUUUUUGCACAAUAAGGUUUUCACUCAUCCAGCAU